ACUAGAGCAGGUAAACUGUUCUGUUUUGAUCUGCUGAUUAAUAUUUUAUGGAUUCAAUUUAAAUGUCAGGGAUUUCUCAUGGUAGAACAAUUUCCUGUUAAUUACUGAAACAAUCUGCACAUUUCCCAUAACACAGAAACCAUGGUAAAGAAAUGGCCGGUAUGUUGCCAAAACAAUUUGUUGCAUAUAAUCUGCCAUCCAGAACAGGCAUGACUCGCUGCUGCCCAGUGCUGUAGGAGCUUUUACAGAAAUAAUAAAUGGGAGAGCAAGUUUUUUAAAGGAUUUCGUUGGAAUUCCAAUCACUUAAACCAUUUGACUCAGUCCACAUGCAUUGCAUAAUGGAUAUGAAUGAAACCAGAUGUACACCCUCAAGAAGGUGCCAAGGAAGGAUACAACCUGGGAGUGAGUUUUUCAAGGCAGCUCAUUCAAGUGACACCAGCAGCAUGAAAGCCUUAUUGAUGAGUGAAGAUUUUGACCCUUACGUUCGAGGUUAGAUCCUCAGAGAUCUGGACAACCAGGAACUUGAAGCUGCUCACUCCACUUUUGAUCCGUCUAUGAGGAUAGGGGACUUAGAAGAAACAAUCCUACAUUCAGCACUGUUCAGUGGCAGUAACGGAAUAGCAAAAUUCAUUCUGGAUCGGAUACCAUCACUGAUUAAUGAACCAAUGACAUCUGAAAUGUACAAAGGGGAAACACCUAUGCAUGUUGCUGUUUUGAAACAAGAUUUGGACAUGGUUAAGGAAUUGCUGAAUCGAGGUGCUGAUUUGUUCAAUUCACGUGCAACUGGUUCCUGCUUUGUCCCGGGAGACGAUUGUCAAUGCUACUAUGGUGAAUUUGUGUUGUCAUUUGCUGCAUGCAUUGGUAACGAGGAGAUUGUUAGAACUCUUAUGCAGCACAAUGCUCCAUUGGAUGCACAGGAUUCCUUAGGCAAUACAGUACUUCAUAUAUUGGUUCUACAAGAGGAGAAAAGCCAGACUUAUUCAAUGUAUGAUCUCAUUACAUCUCUUAUGACUGAGAAACAACAGCCAAAUCUUGAGGAGAUAACGAACAAUGAUGGUUACACGCCAUUGAAGCUUGCAGUAGCUGAGGGGCAUUUAGAGAUGUUCAACUAUUUAGUUCAAAAACAGAAGAAGAUGUACUGGACCAUGGGAACAAUUUCUUAUUGUACUUAUGACCUCACCAACAUUGAUACAUGGGGAGAUCAAAAAUCAGUUCUGGACAUUAUUACAAACAGCAGGAGUAGUGAGGUUCAUAAAUUCAUUGAUGCUAAACCAGUAAAAGAAUUAGUACAGCAGAAAUGGAUUUCGUUUGCAUACAAGUAUUUCCUCAUGUGGAUGGUUUCUUAUAGUCUUUAUAUCACAGUAUUCACUAUCUCAAGUCUAUACCGACCAUUGAAACCAGUUCCACCUGGCCAGUUUGGUGAAUAUGUUGUUAAAGUACAGAAGACUUUAUCAGAAUCCUAUCAAACAAAGGAAGAUUACUUGAGACUUCUGGGUGAACUUGUAACUGUCAUUGGAGCUGUGAUAAUACUCAUCAGUGAGAUGACACAUUUAUGCAAGAUAGGACCAAAAAGUUACUUUGGACAUACAUCAAUUGGAGGACCUUUUCCAUUACUAAUGAUCUGUUACUCGCUUUUGAUUUUUACAGCAGUUAUCAUGAGGCUCUGUGCUGAUGAUGGAGAGGCAGUUCCAAUCUCCUUUGCCCUGAUUAUUGGGUGGUGCAAUACCAUCUAUUUUGCCAGGGGGUUUAAGACAUUUGGGAAAUUUUCUAUUUUGAUUCAAAAGCUAAUAUUUGGAGAUUUUAUGCAUUGGUGCUGUCUGGUAUUUAUCUGCAUCAUGGGAUUUACCUUUGCUUUUUACAUUCUCUUUCAUACUUUGGAUUUGACGGAUUAUCCUUAUUUUAGAGAUUUUUCAAUGACAUUACGCACCACGUUUGAACUCAUGAUGGGAUUGCUGGAUAUUCCUCUUUCUUACAAUAGACCAACACCAACCAAUAUCUACAUUGCCUAUGUCAUGUAUAUGCUCUUUGUAUAUCUCCUGCUGUUGAAUUUGUUGAUUGCCAUGAUGGAUGAUACAUACUGGAGAUUAGUUCCAGAAACAGAUUUACUAUGGAAAGUGCAGUUUGCAGCUGUCAUACUUCUUCUAGAGCAGCGAGUGCCAGCAUUUCUAAAGGUUCGUUCUGGAGUUCCAGGAGCAUUGCUAGGCUUUGAUGAUGACAAGUGGUAUAUUGGGGUUGAAGAGAUACUUCCGGAGUCAGAAGAACAGACCAGUGCGAAUGUCCAAAUAUCAAAAAACAUGAAAUGGGAUAGAGUAAGAAAAAACCUUAGCAGAAUCAUCAGACUGAAAGAUUCUGCUGAAUCUACCAGACUGUAAGAAACGUUAAUGCUGAAUCAGUUGCAUCUCUUGAACUAUGUUCUUUCCUUACAAUUGCUAAAUCUAUGUUAAUUUUUUUAAUGAAUAUAGAGUUUUAAAAAUCAAUACUGGUUAUUUUUCCUGAAAAUAUUGCAUCAUUACUUAACAAUAAAUAAUCUCAGUUGGACCAUUUUUAAAUUUAGCAGUGACACAAGACUGCAGAUGCUUGAAUCUGGAGCAAAAUAUAAACUGGAGGAACUCAGCAGACCACAGGGCAUCUGUGGAGAAAAGGGAUGGUCAACAUUUCAAAUCAAGACCCUGCAUCACUCAUGAUGAAGAGUCUCAGCCCAAAACAUCAGCCAUUACUUUGCCUCCGCAGAUGCAGCUUGAUCUGCUGAGUUCCUCUAGUAGUUUAUUUUUUCUUAAAAUUUAAUGUAUAAAGCUUGGAUCACUGGGAUUAUCAAUCUUCCUCCAACUCUUUAUCUUGGAACUUUUAGUUUCAAUGUUUCUAUGUGACCAGACGUCAAGGCUUAAAGUAGCAAUUUACUGUUCUUUGCCAUCAAUUUAUUUUGCUUGUGUCAUUAGGAACCUUUGCAGAAAAGUAGCAGAAUUGAGAUUAGGAAAUAGACAAUAAAUUUCACUACAAUGGGCCAAAAGGGAUUCCUUUAGAGUCUAUAAUAGUCAAUAUCUUUGGCCAGUUUACUAUUUACUAAUAAUGCCACCAGUUAUCCAUGCAAUAUCCUAACGCUAAUGGUAACCCUUAUACAUAAUUAAUCCAUUUCUUUUUGAGAAACGAUUACAAAUCCUUUUUUUUUCAUUGCUUACACCCAACAAACGAAAUGUACCAGUAAUUUUGCAGUUUAAUGUUUGGUAUAGUUGUUUAUUUAACUAAAUUUCCAAGCAUAUUGGAUUUAAAAAUGAACAGCAUAAAUAAAACAAGUUGUAAAUUUUUUGAACCUUAUGCCAUAUUUGUUUUUGAGCAAUUUCAGAGUCUUGUCAUCAGUAAGUUGUGGGAUCAUUCUUUUUAUGUGGUAGGAAGCAUCAAAAAAAUCCAGAAAAACACAUUUGUUUUGAUUAAUGUAACACUUCAUCUGUGCAAUUUCUAUACUCAUUGUGCUAUUGUGAUAAUUUGUUGUAUUUCACUAUUUUGUAUAGAAGAGAUCACAAACUAAAGAUUGGAAAAUGUUUCUGAGAAUAUAUAUACAGUAUAUGAUUUGUUAAUAUUUACAGUGCUUAAAUUGAAGUUUCAAUCCUAUCCUAUAAAUUUAUUCACAAGGUUCUUUGCUUUCAUGAAAAUGUCUGGUCAGUCAUUCUUGACUGAUUCUCGUGACGAUGGAGUUGUUUUAUCAGGAAAAAUGGAGCAAGAUGGAUUCAUGGUGUUUGGCGUAUAGGCAACUAAGCACUGAUGUAGUUGAAACAUAAGAUUCUCCAGAUAUUUGAUCAUCUGGAGGCUUUGAAGAUGUUUCCACCAGUGGAUGUGCCUGGAGUAUGUGGCACUUUCUCAAGAUGAAGGAUCAAUGACCAGACUAAGAUGAGAAGGAAUUUCUCAUCUCUGUGGGUUGUAAAUCUUUGGAACUUUCUACUCCGUUUGCUGAAUCUUCAAGUAGACUCAAGUAGGAUCAUUUUUUUGGAUUACAGUGUUAUAAUGGGUGUACAGAAAAAUGAAGCUGAGGCCAACACUGAGAUCAGCUAUGAGCCUGUUAUAGGAGAGGAAGCUCCAAAGUGUGUAUGGCCUACUCCCGCUUUUACUUCUUAUGCUCUCACAUUUGUCAGCGUGACUUGUGUUUUACUGAUGCAUAUUUUAAAUAUCAAAAUGAACACCCUUAUGCCUCUACAUAUGACUAUGUAGAUUUACCAUCUCUUCUGCUUUUAAUCCAUGAUAGUGACUGGGUGCAUAGACUCAAGCAGUAUCUAUAGUACAUGAGCUCCCAUCACUAUAAGGGGCCCCUUGCAAUUUUCUGUAUGUGAAACUGGAUUA